UUGUGAAGAAGCAACUUUCUGGUGGUCUUUCUUGGCGUUUAGAAGGGAUCUUCUGCGGAGCCACAUCUUUCCGUCCGACUCUGACCACAGACUACGAUGACGACGCGUAAAAGUAUUUUGCUCGCAACUGCUGCCGUUUACGCUUUUUGCUUUUGUCCCAACCUUACACACGCACAGUAUUACCCAGAAUUGCGAUUUGAUCUACAGAAGUAUCAAGAUCCAAUGGCGUGCCCAGCGAGAGCCGGCGAAUGGCACAUGGUGUACAGAAAUUAUCCGUACGAUCCAUUCUACGGCGGAGUGGCGAAAUGUGUCAGUUUCCAGAGACUCGGACCUGUCAAAGAUUUCACAUUUCCGGCGAAGUUCUCAUGGCGCAGUGACGGAGCUGGAACUCAGUCAGUAGUCGGCACUUAUGUUUUCAGUUCGACGCCUGGGUACACAGCCAGAAAUUUGCACACUUUCCUUCCUAAGAAUGCACCAUUUGCUUGGCAGAAGCAUACGCUUUAUGUUGACUGCGGCAACUGCUACAUCAGUCGCCAUCAUUAUGCCGGAAACGGCUGCACGUUGUGGCGACGUGCACGUAACGUCCCCGGUAAAGGCACCGACCACUGUGACUUUAUCUUCGACCUAGUCUGCGGGUCGUUUCCGAAGUAUGUAGUGUAUGAGCCGUCGUGUCCAGUUGACCUUGGCCCAGGCCCAGAGAAAGCUCUCGAAGUGACCAGUGGCUGACGAGUUACUUUCGACAUCCCGGAUGCCAGCUGUCUGCAUGACCACUGAAAUAAAGCAUAAGCUGGUUUCCCACAUUCCUCGGAAACUACUGA